CAUGGUAAGAAAUGAUGGGGCCCCUAGGGAGAAGCCUUCUGGUGCUCUGUGUGGCCAUGAACAUCACAACACUCUGUGCUCAGCAAGGGAAGAGGGUGAGCGACCGAAAGGCUAUAGCCCUGUUGCUAGAUGCCUACAACAGAGAGUCUAAUGAUGACUACAUCUUUGGACUCCUUGAAACCAAACCUGCCUCUGACCAGGCUGGCCGCCGGAUCCUGAGUUUCACUGUCCAGGAAACCAAGUGCCUGAAAUCAGAGAAUCAGAACCUUGACCAGUGUGAAUUCAAGGAAGGUGGGGUGGUGAGAAACUGCAAAGGAGAGCUUUCCUCUGAGCGACAUCUCCCAGUGGUUGUGGUCUCUUGUGACUCUGUGGAUGCACAGGGGGCUCAAGCCCAGGAGGAGUCAAAUGAUGAUGUAUCACCACCAGGUGGCCUUAAAGAACUAACAGAAGGAAGACUUGAUGAAAAGGGAAAACCAUCAGAUAUCUCACCAGUCAGGUUUAGGUGCGGUUUGACGUUACUUCCCCCACGCAUCUGGUGUUGGGGUUAGGUCCUUUCCCAGCUCACCCCUGGGCUGUGCCUUCUUUCUUCUGUGGCACUCACCCUGGCCCCAAUUUCCUUGGAUCUCAUCCUGGCACUGAUUUCCCCAGACCCCAGCCUGGCCCCAAUUUCCCUGGACCCCAGCCUGACCCUAAUUUACCUUGACUCUAGCCUGGGUCUGAUUUUCCUGGGCCUGGCUUUUAGCCUAGGCUCAUCUUUGGCUAAGUUCCCCAUUUAGGUUCCCAUCUCAUGUCCAGAAUUCCAUCCUGAACCUAUGGCCACUAAACCUGAUUCUUUAAUGAGUUCCAAGAUCUGAACCCAUAGAUCCAAUGGGAGCAGAGCAUGUACAAAGCAAUAAGCAGUCCAAGAAUCAAAAGAAGAGAUUAGACCAUGGACUGUUAGACCUUUAAUGUAGCAUUCUAAGCAGACAGCACUUGAAUAAAGGCCUUGGGAUAUCAAGAA